ACCGGAACAGCGCAGUUAACAAAACAAAGUAAACAGUGGGUCAACCGAUAUUUUUGCGAUACUUGGGUGAAUGAACUAACUUUCUAAAUAACCUUUACCUGUUUCACGUAUCAAUGACGAAACAGUUGUAGCUAUCAGUUCUGAUACAACGUUACGUAGGUUAGCUUCAGUCUCCGAGAAGCUUUUGUAUGUUUCUUCUUCGUUUCCCCUACAUAAUUGCAAGAUGUCUAAUAAGGAAGUGAAAACAGCACUUAAAAGUGCCAGAGAGGCCUUAAAAAACAAAGAGUACAAAGAGGCUCUGAAACACUGCAAGGCUGUUUUGAAACUGGAGAAGAACAACUAUAACGCAUGGGUGUUCAUCGGGUUGGCAGCCAGUGAGCUGGAGCAAGCGGAUCAGGCGCAGACCGCCUAUAAAAAAGCGGCGGAGCUUGAGCCCGAGCAGCUGCUGGCCUGGCAGGGUUUGGCAAAUCUUUACGAGAAGACCGAUCAGUGGGAUUUUAAAGUUGAGCUACCCAACAUCUACCAGAAGCUUGUUGAGCUGUAUGCAAGCUCUGACAAAAAUAAAUGUUACGAGAUGAUCAGUAAGCUGUCGGAUAUCUAUCAAUCUGACAAAGAAUAUUUAAAGUUGGCAAAGGUUUGGCGGCAGCUCAUUCAGGUGAAGGAGGAAGAGGCUGUGGACAAGAAAGAGUUACUGCAGCUGUGGCAGCAGAUGACCCAACUCCUCUCAGAAUGCCUUGAUCAGCAAGAGCGGGACAAUGAAACUCAACAGCAUUUAAUCACAGCAUUUGAGAAAGCCAUGGUUCUCAUAGAUCCUGUACCCGGAGAGCAACACAAGAAAGCCUCAGCUGAUUAUGUUAAAUGUCUUUCUAAAUUGCCACAAGAAGAGCCCAAAAUGAUUGAGGCAUGUAAAUCCAUGCUGUCCUUGUAUCCCAACCAAAGUUAUCCUCUUGAGGUCCUUUGUUCUCACUACUUCAAAACAGGGGUUCAGAAUGAGGAUGCAGUCAGCUGUUUCUCCCGCCUCCUUGAUCUGGCACCAAACAGUGGAUUAGGUCACUUGGGUCUGGGCACCAAAGCACUGCAAGAAGGGAGGUUUAAAGAUGCCAUAAAGGACCUGGCCCAAGGUUUGAAAGAAAUGAGCACUAGUAGAGGAUGGUGCAAUCUGGCUGAAGCCCAGUUUAAAAUGCAGAAAUACUCGGACUGUGCUAUUUCAUGCUCCCAAGGUGUGACAGGAUGUGUUUCCGGAGACGAGGAGCUGAGGGUCAAACUGCUAGGGAUGAAGCUCGAGGCUUUAGUCAGGAGUGGGGGAGACACUGCCGCUGACCAGGCUUUAGAGACCUUUUCACAGAUCCCAGAUUCUGAAAAAGACCCAGUUCUAGUCGGCCUUAAAGGACGAGCAUACCUCAACAAGGGACAAGUGGACGACGCACUCAAGGUGUCCUUAGAGCUGCUGGCCUCUCACCCGAAUCUGACCCAGGGGUUGAUACUGAAAGGACUGGGCCAUUUGGCUCAGGGACAGCAUCAGCUGGUAGAGGAGAGUUUCCUCAAGGCGAUCAGUCAGAGCCCAAACUGUGGAGAGUAUUAUUUCUUGCUGGGACGACUUUACUGGGACAUGGGAGAAGAGACCCGAAAAGACAGAAGCAAAGCCCAUACACAUUUGCUCAAGGCUGCAAAGUUAGACCCAAAUCUUGGUUGUGUGUUCCGCUACCUCGGGCAUUACUAUCUCCAUGUGGCAAAUGAUCUUGACCGCUCACGACGAUGCUAUAAGAAGGCCUUUGAGAUGGACAACGACGAUGCUGAGUCUGGAGCCGCCUCAGUGGACCUCAGUAUGAAGCAGGACGACAUGGACACUGCUCUGGCAACACUGCAGUCCGUGAUUGAGAAAGCCACUCCAGGCUCAGCCAAAUGGGCUUGGAUGAGGCGGGGGCUGUAUUACCUCAAGAUCGGAGAGCAUCAACAAGCUGUUGCUGAUCUGCAGGCAGCUCUGAGAGCAGAUCCAGAGGACUGGGUGUGUUGGGAGUGUUUAGGUCAGGCCUACCUCAACCGCCGGAGUUUCACAGCCGCUCUGAAGGCCUUUGGUAAGGCCUAUCAGCUCCAACCCUCCUCCAUCUAUAGUGUCUACCAGGCUGCUGCUAUCAAACAGACCCUGGGCAAGUUCAAAGAGGCGGUUGCAGAGUACUUGCUGAUCACAGCGCAGCAAGACUAUGUGCCUGCCCUCAAAGGUCUUGGGGAGUGCCAGCUGUCUCUAGCAAAAAGUUUAAUGGAAGACUGCAGAGAUGGGGGAGCCAUUGACCUUAUUCAGCAAGCCAUAAAAAACCUCUUCCGAGCUGUGGAGAUGCGUCCAGACCUGUCCUGUUUGUGGAAGCUGCUGGGAGAUGCUUGCACCGCUGUCCGCACCGUGUCGCCAGACGUUGCUCAGCUUUUAGUGCCAGCCCCACUGGCUGGCUUAGAUAACCAGAGCCACACACUGAACCAGGCCCAGACACUCAAGGUUGGAGAGAGGUGUUAUGCCCAUGCUUUGAAGCUGAUGCCUGAGGUUCCCAGCCUUUGGAAUGACCUUGGACUCAACUAUUACCAUCAGUCCAGCUUGUCCUGCCUCACAGAGGAUGACCAGAACUCGCCAUCGUUGCUACUGGAGAAGGCACAGCAGUGUUUAAAAAAGGCUAUCAUGAUGGACAGUGGGAACCACAGCUUCUGGAAUGCCCUGGGAGUGAUUUCAAUGAGCAAAGGUCUUGAGAACUUGGCUCUGGCUCAACAUUGCCUCAUUAAGUCAAUACAAGUUGAAGCAAACAAUGUUGUUGCUUGGACCAACCUUGGUACCCUGUAUUUGAAGAACGACAACAUCGAGCUUGCACACAAGGCCUUCAAAAUUGCCCAGUCGCUGGAGCCGCUCUAUGUCAACUGCUGGAUUGGACAGGCACUGAUAGCAGAGAGGGUGGGAAGCUACGACACCAUGGAUCUUUUCAGGCACACCACUGAACUCAGCACACAUAUGGAGGGAGUGAAAGGUUAUGCCUACUGGGUGUGUUCCACCCUGCUGGAUAAGAGCAACAGAGACUCUGAACUUUACCGCUACAACAUAGUCCAGAUGAAUGCCAUUUCUGCUGCUCAGGUGUCGCUCAGCAAGUACACAGAGAGGAUCCAGUCCGACCCCUUUGCUUUCAUCAUGCUUGGUUACCUGAAUGAGCAUCUGCACCUGAAGAGACAGGCCAUAAAGGCUUACAAAAGAGCUGUGGAACUGCUGACGGCCAUGUCCUCGACCGAGGAGCUGGCCUUUGCUCUAGGCAGCUAUGGACGUGCUUUGUGCACUGCAGGUCAGUCAGAGGAGGCUGUGUGUGUUUAUAAUUCCACUCCACUGCAGGAGCUCAGCGAUCUGGCCGGGCUGGCUCUCGCCUACAGCAGGGCAGGACUCAUUCCAGAGAGCAUCGACGCCUAUGAACGUGCCUUGGCUGUGGCUUCCACUGAGAAGGAGAGGGCUUACAUCUUGACAGCUCUAGCUCUGCUUCAGCACCGGCAGGGUAACCAAGACUCAGCCAAGACUCUGCUGUUUAAAUGCUCGAUGUUAAAGGAGCCCAUCUCAGAGUCUCUGCUGUGUUUAUGUGCCCUGGGGUUAGUCCACAGCGAUGCUACACUAGCUGCUGCUGCGCUGACCGAGUUGCUAAAGCUUGGUCCAGGGUCUGUGAAGGUUGUUGAGCAGCGAUGCCUCCUCACCUGUGCCUUGCUCGCCCUGCAGGGCAACUACAGCGCCGUGCAAAGAGAGGCUUCCAGAGCUGUGCACAGCAAUCCUGGAAACCCAUCUCUAUGGGCCCUGCUUUCCAGGCUGGUACCACAAUACCACCCCAAAAAGGCUAAUGGCGGUGCGAUAGCUGGUCACGUUGCCUGUCUCUCCAGUAUGACCCAAGGAAAGAGGGCGCUGUUGUACAGUGGGGUGAACCAGCUAGCUAACGGGAGACACUCUGGAGAGGACAGUCACAGGAAUGCGCUGAAGACGAUGCAGAGAGCUGUGUUGCUCUGUCCUGAUGAUCCAGCAACAUGGGCGGGACUGAUGGCUGCCUGUCACACAGAAAAUACUUCCUGUUAUCUCUCCGGUUCUGCUCCCAGCAGACGAGGAUUGGAGCAAACACUCAUGUCAGUUGUUUCUGAGAAAGUGCAUAACGUGGAGGAGAUCGAGCGCCCUCUGGCCCAGGCUCUGGAAGGCUGGGUACUAAAACAGGCCGUGACUGGUCUCAUGCUGGGGGGACAGCUGGAGCAGGCUGAAGCCCUCUGCUCACAGGUGCUGAGUGUUUCUCCGGAACACCCAGAAGUGAUGCUGUCACUGAGACAGGUGCAGUGUCAGCGCCUCCUACUGGUCGGUACUGGUACUGUACUCCCAGACCCUGUGCUGGAGCAACUCCAAAACGCAGUGAUGAUGAACCCCACCAACCUUGGGGCGUGGCAUUGGCUGGCUGAGGUGUUUCAGAGCCAGGGCUUGCUGGUUCAGGCGGUCAUGGCUUACAGGCAGAGUCUGCAGCUGGCCUCACAGCUCGGCCUGCACAGCAGCCAGGUGGCCAGCCUGCUUCGACUAGCGCUGCUGGCCUUGGUAAACUGUAUGACGGGUGUCCCAGGAAAUGAGUGGACGGACAUGAUACUAGAAGCCACGACAGAAGUCUUGAAGCUAGGGUCGUGUCCCAUGGCCCUCCUCUUCCAGGCCCUGCUCCAGUAUGUGAACAAGAUGGCUGCUAGGGACACAAGGCGUGUGUUGGAGAGGUUGGCUUACUCUCAAGACCUCCCUGUGACAGUGGUGCAAGUGUCCAGCUGGUACCUCCUCAGACACCUGCAUGCCAAAAACGACCAGGACCUAAUGAAUGUUCUUUUGCAGCAUGCCAAAAUGAAUGGAGAUAAAAGGCUGAUGGAGUUUCAUUCCCUGCUUGCCUCCUCUUCAUCAUGAGAUUUGCAAGUCUACGAAGGCAUCACCAUGAAAUCAAGCAGUUUAACCAGAUUAUCCAUG